AUGUACUAUAACAACCCCAUCCUCAACGUCUUGGGUGAAAGUUUCGACGUAGCCCAGGAGAAGGCAGUACAAAUUCCUACCUUAAUGCAGGCUGGCUAUGCCGCUGGGCUCUUAUUUCUGUGCCCUGUAGCGGAUAUUAUACGACUAAGACCCUUCGUUCUGCUACUUGUCUUCACCACCACAAACACAGUAAGUUGGCUUGGGCUCUGUCUUACGAAUUCGUUCGGCAUGUUCCAAGCCUUGUCCUUUCUGACAGCUGCUACUACGGUAACACCUCAAAUCAUUUUACCUCUAGUCGCCCAGCUCGCCCCAGCUACGCGCCGUGCAACUAUGAUCGCAGUUGUCUCCGGCGGGUUGUUUACGGGCAUGCUCCUUGCACGCAUUAUUGCCGGGAUCGUCACGGAAUAUGAAAAUUGGAGAAUCGUAUACUGGAUCGCGUUCGGCCUGCAGUAUCUGAUCUUCUUCGCCCUUCUUUUGUUUCUGCCCGACUACCCGGCGGUUAAUGCCGACAUCAGUUACUCCAAAAUUCUCUAUACAGUCAUAACGAUACCAUUCCGACAGCCAUUGCUAGUGCAAGCCAGCAUGAUAGCGUUCUUUGUCGGUGCAACAUUUAUCUCAUACUGGACGGUGCUUACAUUUCUGCUAUCGUCGCCUACUUUCAAUCUAUCGACCCUAGUAAUCCGUCUCUUCGCCUUUGUAGGGAUGCCGCCAUUCCUUAUAAAUGCCAUCCUUUCGCGCCUUAUUACAGAUCGCUAUCAUCCGAGCUAUAGCGCGAUACUAGCUAUUAUUGUCGGUCUCUUUGGAGUUAUUAUAGGCACCUUUGUCGGAACCUUCUCACUUGCCGGUCCCCUCAUCCAAGGCUUGCUCGUCAACCUAAGUUUAAUUUGGUCACAGACAGCCAACCGCGCAAAACUCGCAACCGUGGAACCAUCAGCUAGAAAUCGUGUCAACACAGUAUAUACAGUCUGCACAUUCUGUGGUAUGCUCAUGGGUACAGCAGUUGGAAACAACCUCUAUACUCGGGGUGGGUGGCAUUAUAGUGGUGGAGCAAGUAUUGCCUUCCUCGGAUUUGCUGGAUAG